AUGAGUACUCAUAAUAUCAUCUUAGACAUAAUUAACGACUCAUCGUCAUCUAAAAUAGAUCAAUUAAAUCAAUUACAAAAUGUCAUUACUCAAUUGUCAAAGACUGAACUCUUAGAAUUGAAUGUUUCAUCAAUCAAUAUCGAAUCUUUCAAAUUGAUUGUCAAUUUAUUAAAAAUUGAAUCAAUAAUGACAAACUAUCCCAAGGAACCAUUAAUUAAAACCCUAAUAGAACAAGAUUCAGCAAUUAAUGCUACUGGAAUAACAUUUUUAUCACCAUCAACUACGACAACUGAUGAAGAACAAUAUAUAAAUACAUUCAUUAAAGCAAAAUUAAAUGAUUUACAAAGUGAUUAUCAAUAUUUAUUUAAAGAAUUACAAUAUGAUAAUUUUAUUGAUUUAAUUAAUAAAAAAAUGUUAAUUCUAAAUAAUUUAAAUAAUAAUGGAAUUAAUAUUAGUUCAUUGAAAGAUAAAUUGAAUUUGAAAAUUUUACAACUUUAUUUAAUUUCAAAUUAUGAUUUCCGAAAUGAUAAUAUUUUAAAUCAUUUAAUAAAUGAAAUCCAUCAACAACAACAACAACAAGAAAAUAAAUAUAUUAAUGAAAUUGAAAUAUUGAGAGAAGUACAAUCACAACCAUUUGUAUCAUAUGAAUUAUUUAAAACCAUAAUAGAUCAUGAUUUUAAUAAUAGUUAUUAUCAAAUCAUUAAUCAAUUAAUGAAAUUUGAUAAAUUAUAUCGUAAUAUAAUUGAAAAUAAUAUUAUUAAAUUAACUAAUUAUUUCACUAACAUAGAAAUUAAAACCAUUCAUCAAUUAUUUGAGUUGUCGCCUCCACCAACAUCAAAAACAACAUCAACAACAAAUAACUUGCCUACUAUUGAUAUAGAAUCGAUGAUUUUUGAUAUGAUAAUUAAAAAUAAAUUUAGAAAUGUCACUACUAUUGAUCAAUUGAAUCAAACAGUAAGCUUUAACAAUGAUGAUAAUAAGAAUAAUAACGAAGAUGGUAUAAAAUAUAUUGGUGGAUUAGUUAAUCAAGCAUAUAUGAAGAUUUAA